CACACACACACACACACACACACACACACACACACACACACACACACACACACACACACACACACACACACGCACACUAAAUAAAACAACUCGGAUUUUGUGUAUACCUCACUAAAAUGAGUUAAACCCAAUCAACCCUGUACGACACAUUUGCACAUGAGUGGAUGUGUAUUUAUCCGCCUUCCUCUGACUGAUCACUGCACUGGAUGACAUUGGCCACACUCACACGCAUCGCACUUCCUGCUUAAAAACACGCACACAUCUCUCAAACUUCGUCUGCAGCUAUUUCUCAAACGGCCAAGCUGCACCGUGCGCCUCUCCAAAAAAUCUGCGCCGUGUUUAUCGGCAUUUAGCAGCAUGUUCAAGCUCUGAGCUAAAAGCUACAGUUUCUGCUCAACUCCUGCCUCUCAAUUGGCGGAGAACGGUCAGCUGACAUUGUCAUAUUGUCUCUCACCGAGCCAAGCCUCGGCUAUAACACUCGGGUUUGUGCGUCUUAACCGGAGAUUGGAAAUUAAUAAUAUUGAAUCCUCAAAGUAGCCCACGUCCAGUCGGGGAGGCGGAAAGUCGAAGAAAAAGAAGGGGACCUUGGAGAAAGGUGUGGUUGUUUGACAGAGCCGGGAAGGAGAUUUACUGAGGAGGAUUGAAAAAAAGAGACCGAUAAAGAAGUGGGGAGAGUUGGAGAGAGGGUUACAAGCAAGGUAUGAAUUCUUAUUUCGCAAACCCGUCGCUCUCCUGCCAUCUAUCCGGUGGUCAAGAUGUUUUGCCUAACGUACCCCUGAACUCCACCACCUAUGACACAGUCAGACAUUUUUCUUCGUACGGCGCCGCUGUGACCCAGAAUCGGAUAUAUACACCUUUCUACUCCCCUCAAGACAACGUGGUGUUUGGCUCUGGCAGGGCACAGUAUGAGUAUGGAUCAAACGUGUUUCUUCAAGACAAGGACGUGCUGCCCAGCUGCAGACAAACAAACAUGGGACUCAACACACAAAGCCACAUUGCUCAAGAGUACAGUUUGGAUCAGGGGAGAGCAGGAUCGCAGGACCAGAAAACCAACAUCCCGAUCUACCCGUGGAUGCAGCGAAUGAACUCACACGGCGGAGUGGGCUACGGGACGGACAGACGCCGAGGACGUCAGAUUUACUCGCGUUACCAAACACUCGAGCUGGAGAAGGAGUUUCAUUUCAACCGCUACCUGACCAGGCGCAGACGCAUCGAAAUCGCCAAUGCGCUUUGUCUAACGGAGCGGCAGAUCAAAAUCUGGUUCCAGAACCGACGCAUGAAGUGGAAGAAAGAGAGCAACCUGACCUCCACGGUUACUGGUAGUGAACAGACAGCAGCCUCUCAGGAGGAGGAAAGCAGUCCCGCAAUUGAAGAAGCGAAGGAUGAGGACAAGAAGAAAGAAUAGUUUUUAAAGGAAUUGAGAAGAGGAGGAAAGGAGACCACCUGAUGACCAUUAAAACCCAACAUAACUACCUAAAAAAUAGACUUGAGAGCGGCGUCACUGCAUGAUGGCUACCCCGCAGCUCUCCCACUUAUAUCUCAUGUUGACCACAGGAGUGUUGAGCCUUAUGAAGUCAAGUCAUUUCAGCCACACGUUGGCCCCUGUGUCACUUGGAGCGCUACGUUUUUGUGUGUGAUUGCAAUGUCACACUUGUAUUGUGAAAAUAAAAAGAAGUAUUAAUUUCUAUGUUAUGUCCCCUCACGUCAUUAAAAAAAAAUGUGUAUUUAUCCCCCACACCCCAUCCACCCCUGUGAACUCUUUGAUCGCCUCACAUAAUACAGUGUUGGUCCAGACUUAGUAUUGUACAUGCACAUUCCACGGAAUCAAAGGAGAGGACCGGGCGGACACUUCCAUCUGAUCACAGUGUAAUAUAGUACUUGAAUCGUGCGCAGAAAAAAAGUGUUCUGCGUAUAACCUGAAAGUUGCACGCAUAAUCCAAAAAAAUCCACAAACACACACAGCUGAGAUGCCUGUAUAUAAUCCAAGUACUCGUAUAUAAUGUCAAUCCUGUGAGGACCUAUGUGCAUUUAGCCGCUUUGAUAGACGCAGCAUAACAUACAAUUGCGCUUAGCCCCCCUUUUAUUUUGAUCAUUUGACUCGAUAGGAUUUCCUUGUGAGAUAGAUUUGUACACUAGUGAUUCUUCACUUCUGUUUGGGAGUUACGAAUUCAUGUCUUUGUCAUAAUUGUGUAUCAUGGAAUAAAACAUUUGUAAAACUUU